AUGAGCUCGUCUCUCGAGGCCAAGAUCGUCGUGCUGGGCGCGCAAGGUAAUGUCUCUCGAACAAAGAGACAAAGUCUCAAAAAUACUUCUCAUCGCGGCAUCGCUAACACUCUAUCUUUCACAUAUUUAGGGGUCGGCAAAACAUCCCUGGUCCAGCGCUACGCCAAAAACGCCUUCAACCCUGCCGGCACAACGUCCACGGUCGGGGCAUCGUUCGUGACCAAGCGCGUGCUGGACAGCACGUCCGACACGAUCGUGCGGCUCCAGAUCUGGGACACGGCGGGCCAAGAGCGCUUCCGCAGCAUCUCGCGCCUGUACUACCGCGGCGCCCACGCCUGCCUGCUCUGUUAUGAUAUUACCGACGAGCACAGCUUUCAGGAGAUGACCGGGUGGUUGCGCGAGCUGCGCCGGCAUGUCGGCGAUGCUGACGCCGAUGCCGACCCGAUCGUCAUCCAUGUCGUCGGCACCAAGUCCGAUGUCAUCGCCGUUGAUCCGGCGCGUCGUCGCGUCCCCUUUGAGCGAACUAUCGCCUACGUCGCUGAGCAGCUGUAUCCCAGCCGGGCGUCGACCCCGCCCCCGACUGCUACGAUGGGUGGCAUGGGUCUGGGCUUCGGGUCUGCUGUGUUCGGUGGUAGUGGUGGUGGGGGGAGUGCGUCGGGCGGCAGUGCAGCGGGGGUGUCAUCGGCGGCGCUGCAGAGCCCCGACAGCAAGCGCAGCAGUGCGUUCUGGGGCCAGGAGAUCGGCUGGGACUGCUGCCACGAGAUCAGCGCCAAGGACGGUGAGGGCAUCGACGAGGUCUUCCGGGUUAUCACCCGCAAACUUGUCGAGCAGCGCAACCGUCGCGAUGCCGACUUCGCUUUGUCUGCUGCUGGCACUCCCGGUGUCGGCGAUGGUUCUGCCGGUCCGUUCUCGCCCGCUGGAGUUGAUGAUACAGGGAGCUUUCGUCUUGGUCAGCCUGAUAAGCGCCGCAGCUGGCUGGGCUUGGCGACGCCUACUGUGGGCGCAUCUGAGGAGGUUCAGGUGAUGCAGACCGCCCAGAAGAAGGGCCGGUGUUGUUGA